UCACACUGGUGUUUAGCUUUUGUUUUCGUCGACUGAAAUAAAUAAAGAAACUAUAAUAAAAUGGAUCCAGUCGUUUUAGUUUUAUCUUAUGGAGCAACAACUCCAAUGGAAAUUGUUGAAAACAUUUUCUCCGAAUUGGAUCAACCAAAAGAAUCAACUUCAACAGAAUGUUCACUGAAUUGCUAUAAAUGCAUUAUUAAAACCAAGUACUAUAACACAUCAAUCAAUUUAGUUCCUUUCUCUGGAAAAUUGGAAAAUGUUCCGGAGAAAAUUCUGAGUUCUACUGAGGCUUUAAUAAUUUACUUUGACUCAAACGAUACUUCCUUUAUCGACACUAUUCCCAAGACAUUAUCCAAAAAUGAACAGAUCCAGUUGGGAUUUCUUAUAACGUCUCCGACUUCAGGAGAAGAAAGUGGUCUAUCCUUCGGCGAGAUAAAAGAGCGAACAAAUUUCUUUUUCGACAUUAUAACGUUAAAGAGCAAUGUGGAAAGUAAUUCAGAUGAACCGGAGAAGGACUACGAAGAAGUUGUGGAGGGUUUAAAAAAUGUUGUUUGGUCUAAUGUUAAAUUUGGUUCCGAACACAAAGAUGAACUAAGCUCGGACGAAUUGGAUAGUCAGUUGAAAGACUUUGAAAACUUACUGAUUACUGCGCAAAGUUUACGUAACGAUACGAGCCUAACUCGAGAGCAAUUUCUGGAUAGAGCAGAGCAGUUUGCUGGAAUUGUUUCCUCGAUUUUAAAUGACAAUGAUAGCGAUUAGCAAACUUAUUAUACUGUUUGUUACUAUUAAUAAAUGUUAAGUUGAUUCCAUGGUA